UCGUACAGGGAGUGGCUGGGCGUCGCGUCGCAGUUGGAUAAGCUUCCCGCGAACCUGGGCGAGGGCGGGGACGAGUGGAGGAGGGACGAGUCGCGAUCGUCGGAUGCGUACGACGCGGCGCUGUGCAAGAUCUACCUCACGGUGAUGAGGCAGGCGAGGGCGGGCGGCGACGCGGCUGCGCUGGGCCUUGCGCUGAGGACGGUGCUGCACCGCAACUUCGGGGGCAUGAACCGGCUGCUCCGGCUGAGGCACGCGAGGACGGGGACCAAGCUGGUGGCGGAGGAGUUCACGCAGGAGCUGUGCAGGAGCGUGAGCGGCGACAGGAUAGAUUCGCCCCGCGGCGGCGGCGGCGGCGGUUUUGACACGAGGGUCCCGGAGACGCUCCGCCUGAUAUCCGAGGCGCACAGGAGCCUGGGCCGGACCGCGCUGUGCCUCAGCGGCGGCGGUGCGCUCGCGAUGUAUCACUUCGGCGUCAUCAAGGUUCUGCUGGAGGAGGGGCUGUUACCCCAGGUUGUGUCGGGGACGUCUGGCGGUUCCAUCGUCGCCGCGUUCAUCUCCAUGUUCCCGGAGGAGGAGCUCCUCAAGACGAUCAAGCCGGACUUGAGCAACAGGCACGACGUGCGCUGGUUCCCGCCCGUGUGGAAGAUGAUUCUGCACUUCGUCCAGCACUCGGUGUUGAUGUCCGGCGACGAGUUUGCGCGAACCACGGAGGCGUACUUUGGCGACGUGACCUUCGCGGAGGCGUUCGCAAUCAGCAAGCGGGCUGUGUCGAUUCAAAUCUCCGUCGGAUCGGGUCACGGGUUCGUCCUGAACCACUUCACGUCGCCGCAAGUCGUGAUACGCACCGCGGUGAAUGCGUCGUGCGCGUUGCCCGGUUUGAUGCCUCCGUCCGAGCUGUUGGCCAAGGACGAGGCCACCGGCGAGUUGAUCCCGUUCCAUCCCGCGGGGGUGACCUCCUUCGACGGCACCAUCACCGCGGACAUACCCGCCGCGAGGCUCACCGAGCUGUUCAACUGCAACAACUUCAUCGUGUCGCAGGUAAACCCGCACAUCAACUUCGUGCUCCACCUCGCGGACGACGGGGGCGGCGGGAGGAGGUUUCGGCACAUGGGCCGGUCGGGAGAGAGGCGCGCCGCGGUGAUCAAGCUGCUCCGCGUUGCAAACUUCCUCCUGCUCAACAUCAAGUACGGCAUGCAGAAGCUCCUGGAGGUUGACCUGCUGAAUCUGCGCAUGGUGCGGACGCUUCAGGGCAUACUGGUCCAGGACUUCCGUGGGCACGUCACCAUCUUACCCGAGCUCAAGUUUUCCGACUACCUCCGGAUCCUCCACCAGCCGUCCGAGGCUGACAUGGCGCACUUCAUCAGCAACGGGGAACGCGCCACGUGGCCGCACGUCGAGGCCAUCAGGCUCAAGGUGGCCGGGGAGAUCGCCCUGCAGGAGGCCGCGGCCGCGCUCAGGGCGAGGCUGGCU